AUGACAGAUGUUCUGCCGCCUUACAAAGACGAAGAUCUUCUCAGUGAUGCAGUUAGCAAGAAGGAUCUGGUAGCUUUCUUGCAGGCCAAUGCAUCUGAAAAGUUCUUGGUGGAACAGAAGUUGAAAGGAACAGUAAACAAUGUUGCCAAAGUCAAAACAAAGCCACAAUUAGCUGAACAUUAUAAACAUCUUUUUGCCACUAAAGAUUUCCGAGGAACUGGCAAUGAUGAAGUUGAGCAGAAGGUGCCAGAAAAAAAGGUUGAGACAAAGGCAGAAGCGACUGAGAAGCCAAAAAAGUCACAAGCUAAAGAACCGGAAGUUCCUAAAUACACAAAGAAAAUUUUGAAGCAAGGUGACAAGUGCACCUAUCCAAAGAAAGGUGAUGAAGUUGAAUGUUACUAUACUGGAAAGUUGGAUAAUGGGAAAGUUUUUGACACCAAUGUUGAUGAUGGUAAAAAGGCCAAAAAGAAUCCUCCUUUGAAAUUUAAAGUUGGAGUUGGAAAAGUUAUUAGAGGGUGGGAUGAAGCGUUGCUGACGAUGACAGUCGGGGAGAAAGCUGAAUUAGUUAUUCAACCUGAGUGGGCCUAUGGCAAAAAGGGUGUCGAAGGAAAGGUUCCAUCCGGUGCUACACUGCAUUUUGAAGUUGAAUUGGUUUCUAUUUCUUGA